AUGGCCGCUUCUUCUAGCUUGCCGUCAGCUGCAAACUGCGGCCUCUUGCUCGCGGCAGCCCUGGUCCUACUUCUCAGCCACGGCGCUCACGCCCAAGGUGGGUUGAGCUCGUCGUUCUACGACAACUCAUGCCCUAGCACACGGGACAUUGUCCGGCGCGUCAUCCAGGACGCCCGGGUCGCCGACACGCGCAUCCCGGCCAGCCUCAUCCGCCUCCACUUUCACGACUGCUUCGUCAACGGCUGUGACGGUUCCCUCUUGCUCGACGAGGACCUCCAGGCGGGUAUCAUGACGGAGAAGAAAGUCCCCGCCAACGACCGGUCAGCGCGCGGGUUUGACGUGGUCGACGACAUCAAGCGCACCCUGGAGAACGCUUGCCCCGGCAUCGUGUCUUGCGCCGACAUCCUCACCCUCGCCGCUGAGAUCUCCGUCGAGCUGGCCGGAGGGCCGUACUGGAGCGUGCCGCUCGGCCGCCGCGACGGCACCACGACAAACAUCGAGAGCGCCAAAAACCUCCCGAGCCCCUUCGACCCCUUGGAGACGCUCCAGGAGAAGUUCAAGAACCUGGGCCUCGAUGACACCGACCUCGUCGCCCUCCAGGGAGCGCACACCUUCGGGCGGGCGCAAUGCCAGUUCACGAUGCGGAACUGCACGAACGGGCAGGCUGUGGGGGCGCUGGUGAACCUCGACGGGGUCACCCCCGACGUGUUCGAUAACAAAUACUAUGGCAACCUCCUGCAGGGGCGCGUCGAGCUCCCGUCCGACCAGGUAAUGUUGUCCGACCCCGUCGCUGCGACGACCACCGCACCGAUUAUUCGCAGGUUCUCCGGGAGCCAGAGUGACUUUUUCAGUAACUUUGCAACCUCCAUGAUCAAAAUGGGGAACAUUGGCCCGCUGACCGGAAGAGAUGGGGAGAUUAGGAAGAACUGUCGGAGAUUGAACAAGUAACCAUAUUGACGAAC